GUUUUUACCAUCACAUUUAGUAUAUUUAAUUUUAUUAGCUUUUCUCCAGCUAAAUUAUUUACAGGUAUUGUAAAUAAUUACAGGUAAAAGGAAAUUUUAAAAAUCCUUCUUAGUGGAACUAUAAACGUGACUUAUUCUGUCGGAUUUUUUCAGUGUGACGCACAGCGGAAGUAAACAAUAAAAAAGCGGAUAGACAUCUCUCUAUUAAACCCAUUAAACCACAGAAGAACAUAUCAUUAGGGACAGAAUAACAAUGUCUUCGGUUCAGUGUGUGAGACAGUUUGUCAACGAGCGACUGGCCGCAGCGGCAGAAGAGAUAGUUCAUGUUUUUGAACAAACUAUCGCCGAUUAUGAGAAAGAAAUCACCCGUCAGCGCAGGCUGCUCGCCAUCGUCUGGAAACCUCAAGUAAAGUUACAAAGGGCAGAGAUCCCGCAACAUUUCAUUGAGUUAAAAGAUAUUCAGACAGAGCUGAGGCUCAAUAAACUGGACUCAGAGCUGGAAGAAAUUCACUCAAAACCUGUGCAACUCUGCAGCCGUCCGGAGAAUGAUCAGUUUGCACUUAAAGAAGAAACCAAAACUCUUCUGCUGGCAGGUGGUGAUAAAGGGGACAACAUUGUGGAUAAAAUUGACUCCUUGAAUCCUGAUGGAUUUCAUAAGGCAGUAGAUGAGGAGCGUGGGGCAUCUGCUAAAAGUAGAAGUAAACCAGAACAAAACUCCAGUAAUCAGCUGAAUUCUAAGUGCUCUUAUUUAGCUGAGAGCCAAGAUGCCAAAGAAGGAAAGCAAGAAGGCUCAUUAUCAGCUAGACAAGCAGAAGCAAAGCUGCAGAAGAGACAUUGCAAAGUGAACGAAGAACAUAAAACUUUUGUGUUAAGGUCUCCCAUUUAUACUCGCUCUGGGAAAAAGUGUGAGUUUGUAUGUGACACCUGUGGAAAAGCGUUCCCGUAUAAGUGCAAACUGAUCCGACACCAGUGGAUCCACACGGGAAUCAAGCCUUACAUUUGUCACAUCUGUGGCAAACGAUUCAACCAAACAUCAAUCCUGAAAGUUCAUCAGAGAAUCCACACAGGCGAAAGGCCGUAUUCCUGCGAUGAAUGCGGGAAAAGAUUCAACCAGAAAUCCAUUCUGAAUGUUCACAAGAAGAUCCACUCAAUGGAGAGGCCCUAUUGCUGCAACACCUGUGGGAGAAGAUUCAAUCUGAAAUCUAAACUGGACUCCCACGUCAUCUGGCAUUCAGACAUCUCACUGCCACAUUUAGUUAAAGAGGAGGAUUUCCUCAUCGAACCGCAGGUCUUUAACUACGAGGAAAACUCCAGUUUACACCAAAAUGACUUCAUAGAAGUUAAAGAAGAACAGGACGAGUUUUGCACCAGCCAGGACAAAGAGCUGCUUGUACUGAAGCAGGAGACGGAAGCUUUUAUGGUGACAAGUCCGUUCGACAGAGGCCAUUCCAGCACAGCUCAGAGCAGAAAUCCAGCUGAAUCUCAGAGCGCAGCACAGGAAGAGUCCUUAAACAUGGUGGCACAAUACCAAGGUGGCAAACAACCAGAGAAGAGACACCACCGAAGCACCAAUGUUUAUAAUCCUGCCAUGUUUAAGAACCACUUCACUGCUUAUAUGCAUAAAAAAUGUGAGUAUAAAUGUGACACUUGUGGGAAAGUGUUCCAGUUCAAGUCCAGAUUGAUGAGGCACUUCAGGAUCCACACAGGAGUCAGGCCGUUUUGUUGCCACAUCUGCGGGAAGAGGUUCAAUCAGAAAUCCAUCCUGCAGGUUCACCAGCGCAUCCACACGGGCGAGAGGCCGUUUUCUUGCGACAUCUGCAGCAAAAGUUUCAAUCAGAAAUCCAUCCUGAACGUCCACAAAAGGAUCCACACGGGAGAGAGGCCAUUUUCCUGCCAAGUCUGUGGUAAACGUUUCAAUCAGAAGUCCAUACUGGACGUCCACAUCAGGACGCACACAGGAGAGAGACCGUAUCCCUGCAAGGUCUGUGGAAAGUGUCUCCGGAGUCAGUCUAGCCUGUUUGUCCACAUGAAGACGCACUCGGAGGAGAAGGACGAUUCUGGAGAAAUGUGGGAAAGUUAUCCAACCGUGGCAGUCCAAGCCAAGUUAGCCAACAGACUACAAACAUGGCGGUCUCGUGCGGAAGCAAAGACGAGAAGUGCGAAACUGGUCAAAGUUUUGUUUCUCGUUCCAUGUCGGGUUAAAACCAACAUGUAUCCGGUUCAAGGUAUGCGCAAAUUCGUUUGUGAUCGACUGACUGCGGCUGCUCGAGAAAUUCUGGGAGCGUUUGAAACGAGAGUCGAAGAUUACGAGGCAGAGAUCGCUCGUCAGCGCAGACUGUUGGACCAGGUGUUCAACCCUGAGAUAAAGUUACAACGCACAGAAAUCCUUGUCAGUGACCAGAUUUGCCAGAACCUGCACAGGAACAGCGAGGCCGGGUCGAGACCUGUGCCAGACAUCGCAAAGAUUAAAGAUGAACUGGAGGAAGUGUGCAUCAGCGGGGAACAGCAGCAGGAAACCAGCGCCAAGUUGACUUCAGUUUGUGAUCCAAGUGUCUCCAGUCCUCAGCCUCAGCCUUUGGACCAAGAACAACAGAGUCCAUCCACCAGAGAUCUACCAUCCAACACUUCAAAUAAAGAUGGAAAACCAGGAUCUAACAAAGAGACCUCCACAACGUCGGUGGCUCACAGUGAGCAACCUGGAAACUCUUGUGAAACUGAAACUCAGCAGCACGUAACUGAUGAUGAGGAAGAUGCAACAGCUACAUGUGAUGAUGGGAACAAGAAGAGCUCGGCAGUGAGUCAGGAGGUACGUGUGUCUGUUCCUAAAGAACCUGAUGAAGUAAAUACAGAAAACACAGCCUCACACCAGCGUAGGGAGCAGUUUUCAGAUGGUGAUGGCUCACCAGCCAGCGUUAAAGAGCUAAAGCAGUGGAAGGAAAGUAAUUUAGUAACUCGGACUGAGAAGGUAUCAGCCACAGCUGAUGAGCAAGAGCAAAACACGAUGCAGACAAGAUAUGAUGACACCACAGCCAGUGUUAAUGGAAAUGAGAAGACUCAAAAUGAAAGAUUGUCUUCAUCUGGAAGUGUUCCAGCGUCCCCGGUUCAAGGGGACGUUGGUAUGGAUGGUAGACCAGCCUCCACAGAAAUGGAGCCGACUUCAAACUGGGAAAAUGAAGAAUGGAUCUGUAGGAGUUUAGAGCACACUCUAAAUGAGAAAAGGAGCGAUUUAGAAGUAUUGUCAACCCUGUGGACUGAGCUAACGUGUAAGGAGAGAAGUCAAAGCCAAGAUCCGACUUUAACCGAACAGGAAGAGCAAACGCCGCACCACAGAAUCACAUCAGUUACUUCAGAACAAACACCAAGCAAGGAGAGCAACGAAGCAAAAACCGAGCUUGAAUCUAAAAAGACAGAUAACUACAUGAAGGUGUCGGAUAGAAAAUCUGAAAUGACGAAAAAUAAGUCAGAAGAUAGAAAAACAUCAAGUUCAAGGAAAGAAACGCUCAAAAAACGGGGUCAUUAUCGCAGACCAGAGGCAAACCAACCAAAUAACGAAGGUCCAGAUGAGUCGAGUGGAAAACUGGAAGAGGACAAAGAUGGUUUGAGUUUAAAAUCAUCACAAGACGAGCAGAAGGAUGGAGCUGCAGCUUCAACUGGAGACCAUGAGAUGACACAGAAAGAUUUCAGAGAGAAAACAGCCAAAAGCAAGGAGACCGGGCCUCUUGGUAGAUGUUCUGGUGGGAAAAAGGCAUCCAGGAGUUCUAAACCCAAAAAUGAAUUGAUUAAUUGUAGCUCCGACUCAAAGAAAAGCAAAGAAACAACUUCAAAAAGGAAACCUAGUGAAAGGAACAAGCAGGCUGCAUCACGUAAGAGACUCAACGAGAGUCAAAGCUCAGAUUCGGCUCAGAAGAAACAUAAAGAUGGAAAUUCCUCAACUAGAAAUGAAGCAAAGGAGCAAAACCACAGAAGCAACGCAGCAGUAAAAGAACACACAGAGCCGUCGCCUGACGGGGCCCAUGAGGAGUCAUCCGGCGAGGAGAAGAGGGAAAAUCCUUUCAAGUGUGACACGUGUGCUAAAGUGAUGUCAAAUUUUAAUAACUAUAAAUUCCACAUGAAAUCUCACACGGUUGAGAAGACUUUCAAGUGUGGAACCUGUGGGAAGAUGUUCAGGGAGAGCUGGGACCUGAAUAAGCAUUUGGUGAUCCACUCCGUCGAGAAACCGUACAAAUGCGACAUCUGCGGGAACGGGUUCAACCGGCGCUACAACCUGGACCUGCACGCUCGGAUCCACACGGGCGAGAAGCCCUACGUGUGCAGCACCUGUGGGAAAAGCUUCAGCUCGUGUGUGAACAUGAAGAAGCACACGAGGGUUCACACCGGGGAGAAGCCCUACACCUGCAAGGACUGCGGCAAAGAGUUUGCAGAUUCCUCCACUUUCAAGAACCACCUGCGAGUGCACACGGGGGAAAAGCCCUUCAAGUGCACCUUCUGCAAGAGGCAGUUUGCUACCAGGACGACGUUGAAACGACACACCCGAACACACACGGGCGAGAAGCCGUACAAGUGCACCGUGUGCGACAAAAUGUUCGGUUACAGAACAGACUUGAAGGGUCACAUGAGGAUGCACACCGGGGAAAAGCCGUAUAAGUGCGGCACGUGUGGGGAUCGGUUCUCCAACUGGUCCAAACUCAACAAACAUAAACGCGUUCACGCAAGUGAACCACAGAGCUUCACAGAAUAACACCCGUGUUUGUCCUAAUCAGAUCAAAGAUUCUGCAUGUAAACAUGUCAAUCGGAAUGUUCUUGUGACCUGGAGGAUUGGAUACUUAGAUCCUAAACCGUAGGUUAUAACCCUUAGUGAAACAUAGCAGAGGCUUGUUCACAAGUUAACAUUUUUAUUCACAAGACACAUCACCAACACGGAUGAGAUUUACUGAAAACCAGGUCGGGAUAAAAGAGAUGGACUAAAACUAAACGCGAGAGGAGGGAGGAGCGACGACCAUGCUGGCCCUGGGACUACACACACAACGCCAGCCAACUACUAUUUAAAAGCACGAGGCCGCUGUAGGGAACCGACACAAAAGACAAUAACAUAAAGGAAAACACCCGUGCUCCCUUUAACUAAAGCUCAUACACACGCCCCCAGAAGUGAGUAAACCCCCCCGACAAACCCCUACAGCGGAUACCCUAAAGGAAGCUAACUACCAUCCCAGAGACAGCAAUGCCAUCACUGCUAACCAUCAGUCUCACGAGAACGUUUUCCUUCCCUCCCCCUCUACCGAAGAUGACUAAAAAUGGAACCGGAAAUGAAUAAAAGUUUGAUGACAGAACUGGAAAACAGUAGCAGGCUAAGAUCUCAUCGGCCUUCCGCUUGCCAACGUAGAUUCCUGGUUUUGUUCACCCCUCAGUCCUGCUCACGCACUUAGCUGCACCCAAAGCGAAGCAUUCGGCUUUGUUUCGGCUAGACCCCAGCUGCCCUAAUUAUAGCGGCCCUCUAAUGACACACCUGGCCUCUCCUACAUCAGCGGCAUGACACACACGACCAGACCCGGUUACAUUCUGAUCCGAUUUGGCCUGAUCGGAAUGAAAUUUCAAUCCGUUUGAGAGAGGUGGUUUUGUUACGUCCCCGACAGGUGUCCCCGACAGGUGUCCCCGACAGGUGUCCCCGACAGGUGUCCCCGACAGGUGUCCCCGACAGGUGUUGUUAAAAAGUGAAGGAUGGGGGUAACAUAAGGAUGGGGGUAACAUAAGACUGGACAGUGGGUAUUAAAAGGGGUUUAUUGUAACAAAAAGGUUCUAAAAACAAGCAAACAGAACUCUAAAAGGUUAACAUCACAACAAAUUAUCAACUAUAAAAACACCUGGUUAGAACUUUGUUAAAAGCUUAACCGAACAGAAGGUGUUGUAAAACCCCGAAGUUGAUAAAAGUUCUAAAACAAUAUACUGACUAAAACACCUGGUAAAAACUUACUUUAAAAAGCUUUGCCACAACGAAGGUGUUUAAAACCGAGGUCAGUCAAAUUGCCACAAACAAAGUUGACCUUAGAACCAAACUGCAAAAAAAGAUCCCAUUGGAUCAUCCAAAAACUUCUCACUAAGAGUUAAAAACCAAACCAAAGUUUAAAACUCAUCCACAGGAAUCUAAACGAAAGGGGUUGAAACCGAACCAAGAACCAGGAGGACAGCAGAACCCCUGCACUGCUGCCUCCCAGACUGCUGAAGGCAGGUGUUUGCUCAUCAGGAAGAUUCAGCUCAGCUGUGCUCCUCAGCAGCCCGGGAGAGAGGAGGAGGAGGAGGGGCGGUGUCAGGCUGUUUCACCAGAGCUGGGUGAUCCUGGCUCCUGCUCCUCCCUGGCCAGACUGGCAACCGGAACACCGAUCAUCAUUCCAAGUGACGUGCACGUACACAGUCAUUCGUGCAACAGCUAGCGGGCCUCUCCAUCCUCAUUUAGACGGCCUGACUUAAAUAAAUGACGGGCUAAUUAACAAGCGCCGGCUUUUAAAUUUGAUGGAAAGCCAUCCCUGUUCCUGUAAUCUCUAAUCCAGAACUUGCAUUUCAUGAACCUAACCCGCGGACCAGCUGAUCAGGAGGCAGAGACGAGGAUAACCCUCCCUUAUUUUAAUAUUGUCAACAAUAAAAUGCAGCAAAGCACAAAUCUGCAGUUAUUCACUGAAGAAAACUUAGUUUUUAUGAGCAAAAUAAAAACAUUACAAAGCAGGAAGAAUAGUUUUUUUUAAAUGUUUUUACAUUUUUCAUUUCGUUUCAUGAUGUUUGUUUACAUUUUGUUUUCCGGGAAGGAAAACUCUGCACAUGCCCAACUUAUUUAAUCUGACUGAAUAAUUGGUGUCUAUAAACUCUUCAGGUAGUGUGCAUGUAAACAGAGAUUCAGGAGUUCCAAUCAACCAAGAUUUGAAUCGGAUUGGGGAAAUUUUGCGUGCGUAAACGUUGCUAAUGUGUAUCUGUGAUGAUGUCUUUGUAACCUCUAACCGUAAAAGUUGGGUCUAGAGUACACAGGUUCCCAAAAAUGUUUAUGUAACUCAUCCAUUUAGCUUGAAAUUAGGAAUGCUUAGGGGUGUAUCCUUAUGAUUGACAGGUAUGUUAGCGCUGGCGCUAGCUUCUUGUUUGGUCCAUGGAAGGCCUCAGCCUCGGCUUCAUGUUAAAAGUGUUACACCCGAGAAAGCAGAGGGCAGCAGAGUCGCUCAGCCGCGGUUUUCUGGAUAAAAGCCCUUCUGGGCUUCCAUUCAACACGCAGUUACGCGUUCAUUUGGACUCGGUUGUUUUGUUUGCUUUUUUUUUUUUUUUUGCACAAAAGGUUUUUAAGAGCUGGUUUUUGAAUGUUUUUCACAGAUGAGAUUUAGGUCUGUGGAGUUUGAAUCCACUUUACUUGAAAAAGCAGAAAAUACAUCAGGAAACCAUCGGCGUUGUUCUAAAUGUCAAUAAAACGAUGAUUAAUACGUUACAAUCUUUGCUUUUUUAGUAUAAUAGUUAAAAGUUUUAGCUUGAAAUAUUUGACAAUCGUGUUAAAAAUAUUCAAAAAUUUAUCAAAAAGUAUUUCAACAACUGAAGGAUGUAAUUAAAGUUGAGUAAAAUAUUAUUUUUCAGAAAAAAAUGUUGAAGUAUUUCGAAUAAUUGGCUUUUUACAGUUGAUGGUAAGUUUUACCAUCUGGAAGGUUUUGAUCAUUCUCCUUUUGAAAGUGCAGACGUUGGGUUAAGUUAGGAAAAGUCCAGCUGUGUUUUAUCUCAUCAGGAAAAAAAAACAGUGUUUUACUCGUUGAAGAAGUCGUGUUUCAGUUUUUUUCUUGUUUCAAAAUAGAAACUUAACCGAGCCGUGGAUGAAGCUUAUGAAGGUGUCAAAAGGUGUUAAAGUAUUUAAACUCAAUUAUUUUAAGAGAUUAUUACAAUUCAGUUGAAUUUCCUUUAUAUUGUGUGCAUAUUUAUUAUUGGGCCACAAACCCGUAUAAUCAUUUAAAAUAGUCAUGCUUUUGCAUCAGUCUGCUCCAUUUAAUCAUCUGCCUGCUUUAAAGCCUCUAAAAAAGUUUGUGACCACACAUUUUGUUUAGUUUGAAAAAUGCUUUUUUUCUUAUUCCCAUUUCCUGUAAGCUUUUUAUUUUCCAAAAUAAAAAAAAACAAAUGAUAAGAUAAUGAAGGCAUGCUGAUACUGUUUUGUAAUUUUUCUUCAGACAUGUUUGUUGAUUUUGUGUUUAGAUAAAAAGUUUGAGACGUCUCAAAGGAAGGCCGUACUGUAAUUGUUGGCCCUUUUCAUUGUGCUGUGCUGAAUUACAUUCGGACUGUCCUUUUUUAAAAAUACAAUUAAAUAAAUCCAUUAACACACACACACACACACACACACACACACACACACACACACACACACACACACACACACACACACACCUUUAAAGUGCAUUUACAUGGUAGUCCUACUAUUUUAAGACCCCCAUUAAUUUUAGGUGGUAUAAUUUAUUUUGAAGGAAUCUACAGGAAGUGACCGUCUUGUUUUAGCAUUAUGAGCCCUGCCUGUAGUAAUAGUUUUGGUCCAGCAGAGGGCGGAAAAAUCCUUAACCUGCAAGGACAAAGGAUUGAGUUAUCAUGUUUCCACCCAAGUGGCCUGGAUAAUACAUGUGAAUCCCUCACAGACAGAAUAAGUGGUCAUCAGUCAAACCCAAUGUCAGAUUACAAGUAAAGAAAUGAAAAGUCAAGUUUAUUUUUUAUUGUUUAUUCUUUGUCUAAAUAAACUUUUACAAGACUUUCUUAGUGGAAACACUUCCUCUAAAUUCUUCCAGACUGUUUAGUUGCCUUGAAAGGAUGGGGGCUUUGCACCCUCUGUGCGCACAUCACUUCCUUGUUUCGAGUGAGGAUGGUACGCCAUUUCCUGGGAGCACCAUCACAACUCACCACCAAGUGCUCCUGGCAGGAGGGAGGCUGUUCUGGUGGUGAGCUCUGACCGCGCUCCCAGCCAGCCAAUGACACGACAGCAACAAGUCGGUUGACGCUGUGAGGAAGACUGAAAUAAAUGCAGCUGAAACUGUCGGCAGGUAUAACAUCUCUGAAACCACGUUUAUCUUACUGAAUGAAAAAAGAAAUGCAUUACAAAAACAAAACAAACUUAUUUAAUGAAUUAAUCACGCUGUGCCUUAACAUCACAUCCUAUAUUUACAGUGCAGGCUAUGGAUUCUUGUAAGGUUAGAGAAAACAUUUUGCAGGUCACUCACUACACAGAUGAGAACUAUAUACAUUCACAUUGUUAUCAGUCUGAUUCUGGACUGAGCUCAGCAACUGCUUGCCCAGGUUUUCACCGAGGGACCGUUUUCAUCAUUCACCAAAAGACAGGCGACAGCAAAGAGCUGGUUAAUAUUACCUGUGAUUGAAAAGGAGAUCACGGUGCUGAAUAUUUUGUGUUCUUUAACCCUGCGAAUCACACGCUCAACAUGGACUCUCAGUCUCACAAUGGACCGUGUCUUUCUGAUCUCUGGCCUAGACAGCUGAGCUCUCUGCGACAGAAACGUGGGUAUGUGGACGUUGCAUGGAACAGUCUUCAACAAGGAAACCCUUGUCCACCAUGAUGGCCAUUGAUGGGUUCAGGAGGGCCACAAUGCCUGACUGCUUUAAGAUCUUUUUAUCACAGGUGGCACCUUGAUAAAGAGAAGACACAAAUGUCGCUGCACCAUGAGGGGCUAUCCCAGUCAACCCUACAGUGUGAUUUAUAGUUUGAAAACACCUCGCUCUGGAGGAGGAGGGAAUUUGGGGUUUGGCAUCGCAGUUCUGUGCAAUCUAAAAUGACCCGAGUGUCAGCGUAACCCUGGAACACACCUGAGAGGUGAGCUUUCACAGAGUCUUCAUCUAACCAGAUAUUCACAGCUCCUAACACAGUAUAAAGGAAGCUGGCCCAGGUGUUAAUACGACUAACAGUUGACCGAUGGAGUCUAAAUCUGUGGGCCAAAUCCUUUAGUGCGAGUCCCAGUGACAGGUAGAUCAUAAACAGGAAGAACUCAUCAACUGGUUGAAGAACCUGGAAAAGAUGAAAAACAUUACCAUCCAUCCAUUUUCAGCCUCAGGUCGCAGGGGCAGCAACCUAAGCAGAGAGGCCCAGACGUUCCCUGGCCAGCCGAGAGAGUCUGUCCAGCGUGUCCUGGGUCUUACCUUCAUUCUGACUAUCAAAAUGUAUUUGAUUCAUGGCUUGAUUUGAAAAUGAUGACAAGCUUUGUAAGGACAACAACAAUAAAACAUUUACCGUUGCACUGGCAGAGUGAGGGACCUGAUCAGUCCUCGCUACACUUGAUGCUCUUGCCACCCGUGUCAUACUGAGGGUAGUUGGCUCAAUUUGGUCCCAGAAGCCCAUCAGAUGAGCGUGACUUGCAAAUCUGUGGAACAUAUGAAUUAGAUAGAUUACUGAUCAUUACUCAGAUCACAUCUAAUGACCCAAAAAAGCUUUGCAUAACUAGAAAUACUCAACAUUUAACUGCAAAUAUGUAGCCAUAUGAUCUUAAUUGUCAUAUCAGUUAUACAACUCUGGGCUAUUUAAGAGCUAUGACCAGUAGGAUUCUCAUGUCAGUUCUCUUGUUGGCUCUUCCUUCUUCCAUCUCAGGAACGUUGCUAAGCUGAGUCCCAUUCUGUCCCGCUCUGAACUUGAGACAGUUCUCCACACCUUCAUCUCCUCACGCUUAGACUACUGUAACUCUCUUUUCACGUGUCUGAGCAGAACCUCCCUGAACCGUCUACAGGUGGUUCAGAACGCCUGUGCUCGGCUUCUGACCAAGUCCUCCAAACACACCCACAUCACCCCGCUUCUCCUCCAGCUUCACUGGCUGCCAGUCAACUUCAGGGUUCAUUUCAAGAUCCUGGUUCUGGUCUAUAGGGCCUUACAUGGACAAGCACCAUCUUACAUUGGUGACCUUCUUAGUCCCUACACCCCCAGCAGGUCCCUGAGGUCCAGUGACCAAAGCCUACUGGUUGUGCAGCACCAGGCUAAAGGUCAAAGGUGACAGAUCAUCUGCUGCUGUGGCCCCCAGACUCUGGACCUCUCUCCCCCAGAUGUUUACACCCAUCCUCACGUUAGAGCAGCGUGCACCAUGGCGUGCACAUAUUAGAAAAGAAGGGAAGAUGGAUAGUUACUGCCCUCCAGUGUCUUAAAGAUGUUUCUACACUUUUAUUCUUGUCAGCUGUUUAGAGAAAGAAUAGCUGAAUAAAGCUUAAAAUUUUUUUGGUAAAAUUUUAGCUGCUAGUAGCUCCAACUGUAGCUUGUUGAUUUAAUCUUAUUGAAGACAGAUAAAUACAAUAGAUUUGACGAGUUUUAGUAAAAUAGUUUGUAUGUGAGAGUGAAGACGCCCUGGCUUUCCUGUUAUUUAAACUAUGUUUAACAGACAAACUUAAACCAUCUCCAUUACAUUGGUGGUCAUGCAGUAUGUGUUUUUGUAUAUUUUAUACAGGUAAUUUAAAAUUAGUUUUGUGGGUUGUUUCCCACACUUAUUUUAUGGAUUUAUUUUUAUUUUUAAUAAAAUGUUAGUGGCAGAGGAGAAGUAAAAUUAAAAUGUGAGUUCAGAAAGUUGGGCAAAUGCAAAAAAAAAGUGUUAAACAGUUAAUCUGGGGAGCAUGUGAACUGAGUUGAAAACGAUUUAAAAUAUUCAAUAAACAGGUGAAAUUAAAAGUGAAACACUGCCAAAUUACUUUUAACUGUUAACAUAUUUUCUAAAGCAAACUUCCAAUUUAACAAUCAAAAAUUCAGCUGUAAUAUAAACACAGCUGCUAUUAAUACUAACUACUACAAAAAGCAGCAGCUUGUAUUUAAGGUCAAAGAACAAUUGUUUCUUGGAUAUUUUUUACAACCUAAAUAAACUGUCAUGCACAUGCCAGACCGAUAGGCGGCAGUCUAAGCAAACACAAGCUUUAAAACGUCUUCUGGGUGAACUUCAGCCACUUUUACUGUCAGAGGCGGAGACUGGUUAGCCUAGUGAGCUAGCUAGGCUAGGAAACUGCUCAUGUCGGGUUAAAACAAUAAACGUACUAUAGGUUAAAACAUGUCUGCUUGAAUUCGUUUGGGACCGAUUGACCACAGCUGCUGAAGACAUUUAGGAAGCUUUUGAAACAAGAGUAGAAGAUUAUCAGUAGGACAUCGCUCGUCAGCGCCGAUUGUUGAACAAGGUGUUCAAUUCUGACUACAAAAGAGGACAGGGAAAAGUGGGAGAGGAACUCCUGAGGUAUUGGGUUCCCCGAAUCCAUCAUUUUGGACGAGUUGGGACCUUGGAAGAGCACCAGCAGCGUCUGUGUUAGCCAGCCGUAACUGACAUUGAGUGCAUUGUUUGCUGCAGGAAGCACCCGGGUGUGGCCUAAAGACAGAGGCCUCUCAUUCCAAAGUCUUGGAGCCAUCACAGAGAAGGUCCGAUCCUCCGUGACUUUGAACAGGGAAUCACCAACAGCUCUCUAUCAGCCGAGCAACGAACCCGUGAUGGAGCGUGCCUCUGCAGGAAGCCAGUAAGACCGCAAGUCUUCCGGCGGUGGCUUUGGAUGGGGCCAUGAAUGUGUGAGUGUGUGUGGGUGAGUCCCCCUUUCUUUCUUUUCCACUAUAAUUUUUACUCUAAUCAGUAUUUAAAUUGUAAUUGCACAUUUAGAUUUUUUUUAGGGUUCUGAAGUUUAGCUACGGUGCAAUUUUGGUGAAGGACAAGCUAAUUACAAAUUAGCUAUUGACUAAUAUGCAUGCUGUGGUGCAGGUUUGUGAGGUAGGAUGUCACUCACAGACAUAAAACACCAAUUACCAUUCUGUGUACAUUUGUUUUAGUGGCUAUGCUGGAGUUAUACGGUGUUAAUUUCUUUUGAACAGUGUUGGGAAACUCCACCUGUCAAAAGUGCGGCCAAUAUGGAAGUGACAAAAAUCGCAGUUCCCCUGUCAUCCACUAGGGGCUGCCUCUAGAAAGGAGCAAGAUCUCAAUCUUAGAAUCCCAUUGAUCCCGUGUUAGAAAUGCCAAACUUUACAGCACCUGGUAAAAAAAACACAGGGUGGCCGAGCUCUCCCUUAGAGAUAGGGUGAGAAGCUCUGUCAUCUGGGAGGGGCUCGGAGUAGACCCGCUGCUCCUUCCCAUCGACAGGAGCCAGUUGAGGUGGCUCGGGCAUCUGGUCAGGAUGCCUCCUGGACGCCUCCCUGGUGAGGUUUUCCGGUCAUGUCCAACCGGGAGGAGGCCUAAAGGAAGACCCAGGACACGGUUGAGGGACUAUGUCUCUCACCUGGCCAGGGAACGCCUUGGGAUUCCCCCGGAGGAGCUGGUCCAACUAGCUGGGGAGAGGGAAGUCUGGGCCUCCCGCCUUAGGCUACUGCCCCGUGACCCGACUCCGGAUGAGCGGAUGAAAAUGGAUGGAUGGAUAUCUAGUAACUGUAACUAGUUAUUUUUUUCAGUAACUACCACAACACUGAUAUUGAAUGCAAGCAGAAAAAAGAUCUCAUCUGUUCUGUAAGUCUCUUCAGAAGUAUUUUUAUUUUGAGAAUUCAUAAAUGUGGAAGUAAAAAACUACUUUUGCAGGGUUUCUAUAAUGGAUGGUGACCAAAUCAGAAUCAGGAGGGUUUAUAGCGACACGUGCGAGAAAUCACAGCACAAGGAAAUUGUUGCGGUACUUGGUGCAAAAAAAUAACGAUGUGCAAUAAUUAGAAAUAAGCACAAUAAAAUAAUAAUAAUAUAGGGAUGCAACAAUUAGAGCAAAUGAUUCAAACUCAUCUGAAAUGAAAAAAGGGAAAACAUCACCUUCUCUUUGUGUUGGGUAGCUCGGAGUCAUACAUGUGGGCCAAAAACCUCGUUUCCGUUUCCAGUUAAAGGUCGUUUGAAGUUGCAAAACUUGUAAUUUUCCCUGAAGCCAGAGCAGAAACUGUGAUGUUGCAUCUUUUCCAGCUCAGCCUUAAAUCCAUGAAUCCCAGAGUAUUAAAAAGUUAUUCAUGCAAAUGUGAUCCUGGUGAUGGCCGAAGCACAAGGAUGUCAUGUUUUCAUGCAUUGUAGUGUUGUUGCAGACGGCCAGCUGCUAGUGGUUUGGUCGGCCAUGGGAAAUCUCUCCCCCCCCCCCCCCAUUAGCUUGUCUCCUGCCCUUAGUCUUCUCUCUUAUCUUCUGGCCAAGCCUGCUGAGGAAGUGGUCCUCUGCCAAAUGGAGAGAAACAUUUCUUCAUGAAUGGAGCUAUAGAUAAAAUCUUCCCCCGAUACCCCAGAGCGCAGCCCCACUCCCUCGGUGCUUCCCUGAACUAUCAGGACGAGAUUCAGGCCUUCCAGCCACUAAAGCAUUUUCAUUUAGAUACAAUUAGAGCAGCUCGGGGUCAGCUGAAGCCCAUGGGAGCAGAUGCCUUGCAAGACAGGCAUUUCUCUAGAUUUCUGACAUAAAAUCAGCUCCUUGCAUUUGUAUCUCAGUCGGCUGCUCAGGAAGAGAACAACAUGGGACAAACUGAUUUAGCAGUCAAGCUAGAUUUAAUUAUUUAGCUUGUGUUUGGGAAUGAAAGCAGGCGUUUUAAAAAUGUAACCAACAUUUUAGUCACACCUGGUUUUUCUCUUCAUGAAGUGACUUUUUUCUGGUGUGUAAAGUGUAAUUCAGCUCAUUUUCUCACUUGCCUCAGCUCCUUCCACAUCACAACUAAAGCCUGUUUAACACCGAAGGCGGAACGGAUCCGGACUCCGUUCGGAUUCUGCACCGGUGCAUUCACACCGGCUGUGGUGUGGUGCAGAUCCGGAAGUCGACGUGGAGCUCCAGAAAGUUUCCGCUUAGAGUCUAUUUUUUUCUGGACGCCACACGCAGAUCGUCAUGAAGUUUGAAAACUUACAUUAGCCAGAGCCAGACAGGAAGUGAGACACAAAAUAAAACCUGUGUUGCAUCAUCUUUUAUCAGAGGAAAGAGCAUUUAUCUUCACCGUGCAUGAUAGUGCACGUUAUCUUUACAGGUAUGUCUUCAAAUGUAUUGUGUCAAAUCAUCUUGAGCACUUUUGGGAGUAAAUGGUGACAUUCAGCACACGAACCAGAGCCCGUGUGAACGGAAGUCUGGAAGCUGCACGUGAAACUGGACCACACGGUUUCUACACUUGAUGUGAACAAAGCUCAAGUAUUAAAGAUUAUUGGUCAGGAGGAAGAUGGCACCAUUGAGAGGUGGGGUAACCAGGGAAAGUUGUUAAGCAUCUUUUCAUUUAAAGAGCAAGUCACCCCCAAAUCAACUUUUUUUUCCUGAUAAACGAUAUAAAUGUGUGUCUAAUCGUGCUGCAGACACGUGUAGUCAAUAGUUUUGCACUUUAGUGCGUUUUAGUUAAAAUUUAAAUUUUCUGCCCGAAACUGUCAGUGUUGUGCCGUUGUCAGGUAAAAACUCUGCACUGCAUUUGAAUUUAAAUCUGCCAUCGCUAUUGGCUAAGAGGUACCCUAGAACGUUAGCUGCAGUGCUUCAUUUAAGCCAGAUCUUAUCAGAACAAGAUCCAGGAAUUAUCUUAUUUUGAAAGGACCGGUCCGGCAACUGUCUGCUAGGAUCCAGCAACUCAUGAGACAAACUUGUGCUAUAUGCAGGAUGCGAAUUACGGGUGAGCUAGGGAGCUCCUGGAAGCCCUCAACACACCCAGGAGGAGCCCGAAACGAUCCUGGUUCUACUUGUAUUACAUUAUCCAUCUGCACUCUGCUGGGAUUAUUUAGAGCUGAGAGGCGCAGAGCUCUGAUCGUUGACGCCUCCAGACAUCUGCGUCCUGAGCACGGCCACAGUAACAUUAUCAAUCAGGUGUCGCCACCUCAAAAACUAAUUCAACACGCGAUCGUUCAUGUCGGCUCAUUUCCUUUUAUGUUUUCUGUCUUUUAUUCUUUUACUUGUGCCUGAUGCGUUUUACUGCUGCGGUGCAGAGCGCAUCACCUGUUUCGUCCUCCAGUGAUUUCACCUCACCGGUGCGGUCAGCGCACACUCCCCUGUUUCUGCGGUCGGUAGAUCUUUUAGAACUGCAGUUCAAAGGUAACUCAUGAGGUGAAUAUAUAUGAACCCAGGUAGCAGUUUCUCUUUAGGACUGAGAGGAGAUGCAGGAAGAUAAUAAACAGGCAGGACAGAGAAAUAGUCAAAUAAAAACAAGUUAGUUUUUGUACCUGCUGGUUGCAACAAACAGACACCAUUGAAGGUCAUCAGAAGUGAGGAACAGAAAAUGAAAUAAUUAUUUUAAUGUUUAGAGCAGCAGGAACUCCGAGAGGCUGCAGGUGCAUCAGUGAGUUUGCGGCCGCUGGAAUUCUGAAACCGUCCCAGGCCACCGCCCAAUUCACGCUAAACACUAAAAGUGGGUCAGGUUGGGCGCCUACUGAUGUAAAAGUGUAAAACAACUACAUUAAAACUUCACACGUGUCCUGAUUCUUUCCUCUAAGAUAUAAAUAUUUGUGUUCUGCUGCUAUCAUCGGUGCUUAUGUUGCAUAAACUGAAAUUCUAUUUUAUUCUGUUAAUGUGCCUCCUGCACAUCAGAUGAAAUAGGCCAGACCCCAUCAUCCACCUGAACUACAGGUGCCAGACUACAUGUCUGGGUCAAGAGUUUCACACCACAGGCAGAGACAUAAAACAGUGUGUGUGUGUGUGUGUGUGUGUGUGCGCGUGCGUGCGUGUGUGUGUGUGUGUGUGUGCGCGCGUGUGUGUGUGUGUGUGCAUGGCGGGUGUUGUUGGGAGGGUCUCACCAUUGCUAAAUGGUGCAUCAUUAGUGUCAUGUAGGUCUACUAUAGUAGCAUAAACUAAAUGGACAGCCUCAACAGUGGAAGAAGCCUUUUGCUGAUGCACACGUCUCUGACGUCCAUAUAAACUGACAGACCAGUAUAUAUGGAUGUUUCCCUCAUAAUAUUCAUAUAAACACCAAUAAUAAUACUAGGGGUUUAAAGGCUAUAAACCAAAGACAAUAAGCCAGUGGUGAAGGUUUAUGCAUUUAACAAGAAAUGUGAUAAAUGUAACGUCCAGCAACGGUCAGUUUCAGGUACAGUUUGACCAUCCAACAUCUGGUCAGAGAGGAGACACGAGACUGCACGUGUUCCCUUUAAAUUGGCCUGCCUUCAUCCCACCAGCUGGAGCUCAGAGCCUUUGCAGCUCUGAACACGAUAACGGAUUGUCAACAAUAACGUUCUCUCCUCAAGGUCCAUCCUUAUCGUCCUACAGGACUCUUCUUGCCUAACACUCGCAGCUCGGAUCAGCUGCUAAAUCAAAGAAUGAUUUCCUAAAUUAAAUAUGAACUUCUGAAACUUAUAAGCUAGAUAAUCAUUAAAUAAAUGUUUGUUUAUGGCUACUUAUAAUAAUUAUAGUGUAAUGAAAUGUUUCAUUAAUCUGUGCUCAAUGACUGAAGUGUGAAAUGAAUGUUAUCUUAUGAUUGAUUACAUUGAUUGAAACAUGUGUCAGCAUGUUGAUAUGACGAGGUCGUCACCAUUUGCACUCACACAAGGACAAAGUCAGGUUAAGUUAGACUCUGACACACAGAUAGUCCUUUACCCAGAUCAGAGCCUCGGGAGGCGUGUUUCUGAGACUCUUAGUAACAUUCCUCAAACUUGUCAACCUCUGGUUGGCUACACAAAUCAUAACAUGAGAACAUUAAAACUGGAUCACUCUGGUGAUUCAGCAGUUCUAGAGAAAGCUUCAGACCGGCCACCUGAAGCAAAACCUCUUUAACCAUCAAAGCUUUUGAUAUGCCGUCAAAAUCUUUUUGUACCUGAGAAGCUGACACCGCAACGGUUCCUGCAGAACAAGCUGAUGUCGUUUAGACUCCUUCAGAGUCCCAGACGCGCGGUUCCAUCCGUCUGUUGUGACCUGGAGACAACUCUAAGACCGGUUUAGUGGGGCCGCAGUUUCUUCUACGGACCUCGGCGCCUGGAAGUCCGAGGACUUCGACAUUCCGGAUCUAUCACGAGGGUCUUCGAGUGGGUAUGUAGACACACAGAUGGCGUCUGAUGUGCUUUUGAUAAUAAUUAAUGCAACCCAAAUUCUUCAACAUCCAGAACUCGGCUCUCCUGGAUACGGAAGUUCUGAUAACACCACAUUCACACACAGGUUCAUACAUCACAUCUAGUUCCACCCAUCACAGUAAAUGUUAGUUAACCUGUCAUGUUUUAAUUGUUGGUAAAAUAAAUUCUUACUUUCAUACACCUGACCCUAACCCUGGAUCCAAACCAAGUGUGUACAUCCCCUAAUAAAUAAAGAAUCCUAAAAUCUUCUGAUUAAAGCCCAAUAAAGACCAGGCAGGCUGAUAUUCUAUAUCUAGAUAGAGUAUCACAGCUUAUUGGUCAUAAGUAGAGGUAAUAUAUAUAGAGAGCUCUUAAAGCACUUAAUUUACCAAACCCUACAUAAAUGAUCAUCAGGGUUGAUGUGAAAUCUAAUCCAGAUCAGUCCAGGCCAGAAUCAUCAUCCGUCUCAUGAUCAGCAGCAGCUGGAUGUUCAUGGCCACAACAUUUUAAGUGAAGCACGCUCCUUUUGUCUUGUGUUUGCUCACGAUCCACAUUUCCAUUUAGAAACCGUUUCUCCUCCAUGGAUCUACCUGCCUGUCAGAGCGUUUAACCACUAUGUGGUCAGCUGAUGCUGCUGUCAGUCAUCGCAGGAAUGUGUUAGGUGUGGGGAAACAGUUUUACUUUCUCUCCUCUGCCUGAGCUGAUGGUGACGAGCGGCGCGCCUCGCGGCAGUGAUGCGCCUUUUGCGCAAAAUGCGGCCCUUCAUGGAGCUCCUGACUGAUGUUAGAGGACACACAGAUAGCUUUUCAAAAAUCUCUGAGAUUUCGACCAAUGAAUACCUGGAAAUUUUACUGGUAUGCACCGUACCCGAGGAAAAGUACUGACAUGCUGAAAGGUUAUUUUUAGAAGUGGCGGCGGUGCUGGUACCGGUCCAAUGCACUGCUCUCUGUCCCUAAAGGAGGAGUCUGAUGAUCCGUUCCUGACAGCCACAGUUUCUCCCUCCCCAACCCACCCCACGUGCCCGGCAUUGCGCGCUGCGCGAUAAUUAAACUGGCCCAAAAAAAUCCACCUUAAACCGGUUCUCCCAACAUGACCACAUAGCAGCCAGCCUGGACAUGCACCUGUGGCCAGAGCUUUCUUCUUUUUCAAUCUCUCCUUUUCUACUCCACCUUUCCUGCUCCAUCUAGGUCCAUUUAGCCUCUGGGGCCAAAGGUGCGGUGGUGCUAGCUGCUCUGGGGUGGGGGGGUGUCUGCAGCGCUUUGCCAGACCCCGACAAAGUGAGAGGAGGGGGUGUCUUUGUGCCCAGUUAGCUCCGUUUGUGCGAGCAGCAGGACAGCAGAUGCCCCAAGCUGCAUGACGGAUUGCUCGUUUAGAUAUGACGCACGUCGUGACCGGCAAUCACUGAACAGGCCAGUUUAACGGCCAGGCCACCAGGAAGUCUCCCGUUCCUCCCGAUUACCAGUCCACCACUGAAGAGAUGUGUGUUAACUUAGAAAAUGUGGGCGCAAUUUUAAUUACUUAUC